AUGGGAUUCCCUUCGGCAGCCGCCGGGACGCAAGCAAAACCCGUGGUGCCGCGGGGGCGUUUUGGGGUCCUGCCGUGCGCAGCUGUUCCGCCGUGUCCGCGGAGCGUAACGGCUGCCCUCGGCGGCGCAGCCCCCCGGAGCCUGCGGGAGAGACGCUGGUCCUGGCAAGCCGGACGCGGUGGCAGCGGCGUCGUGGGGAACAUCAUCCAGCGCUUCGAGCGCCGCGGCUUCAGGCUGGUGGCCAUGAAGCUGCUCCAGGUGGACCAGGGGCUCGUGGACAGGCACUACCAGGAGCUGCGGCACAAGCCCUUCUACCCUGCACUCGUCACCUACAUGACCUCGGGGCCGGUGGUGGCCAUGGUGUGGGAGGGCUACAACGUGGUCAGGUCCACGCGGGCCAUGGUUGGGGACACCGACUCCGUGGGGACCAUCCGGGGGGAUCUCAGUGUGCACAUCAGCAGGAACGUCGUCCAUGCCAGUGACUCCGUGGAGACGGCCCAGAGGGAGAUCGGCUUCUGGUUCCAGCGGGACGAGCUGGUGGACUGGGAGAGCAGAGACAGGGACCACACCUACGGGCCCUAG